AUGGCGGCGGCGGGGCCCGGCGGCGGGGCCGACGUGGAGGAGGCGAGCCUGCUGGCCUGGCUGUUCCGGGGGGCGGCGGCGCCGGCGGGGGACGCGGAGCUGCCGGCCUACCUGGCCGAGCUGUCGGGGCUGGGCCUGGAGGUGCUGCGGCGGGAGCCCGGCCGGCUGGCGGAGGAGCGGGCGCAGCUGGGCGCGCAGACGCGGGCCUUGGCCUUCGCCCACUACAAGACCUUCAUCCGCUCGGCCGAGUGCACCGCCGGCACCCGCCGCGGCUUCGCGGGCAUCGAGCAGGGCCUCGACCGCCUCCUGGGCCGCCUGGCGCCCUUCGCCCACACCUGCCGGAACUUCUCCCGCGAGGCCGAGCAGAUCGCCCUGAGCCGCCGCAUGAACAGCCUGACGCUGAACCGCCACACCGAGAUCCUGGAGGUGCUGGAGAUCCCGCAGCUGAUGGACACCUGCGUGCGCAACAGCUACCACGAGGAGGCCCUGGGGCUGGUGGCCUACGUCCGCCGCCUGGAGAAGAAGCACGCCGACAUCCCCGUCAUCCAGGGUAUAGUGGCAGAGGUGCGCCAGUCGACACAGCUCAUGCUAACCCAGCUGAUCCAGCAGCUGCGCACCAACAUCCAGCUGCCAGCCUGCUUGCGGCUUAUUGGCUACUUGCGCUGCAUGGACGUUUUCACGCAGGCCGAGCUGCGCAUCAUGUUCCUACAGGCACGGGAUGUCUGGCUGCGCUCCAUCCUCGCUGCAAUCCCGGAUGACGACCCCUACGUACACAUCACCAAAACCAUCGAGGCAUGCCGCGUCCACCUCUUCGACAUCAUCACCCAGUACCGGGCCAUUUUUGCAGACGAAGAGCCACUCAUGCCUUCUGGGCAGGAUGCCCUCAAUGAAAGUGCCAUCUUCCAUGGCUGGGUUUUGCAGAAGGUGUCUCAGUUUCUGCAGGUCCUCGAGCGUGACUUGCAGCGCGGAGUGGGUGGACGUCUGGACUCCCUCCUUGGCCAGUGCAUGUACUUUGGCCUGUCCUUUAGUCGUGUGGGAGCAGACUUCCGGGGUCAACUGGCCCCCAUUUUUCAACGAGUGGCACUGCAAACGUUUCAGAAAGCUGUGCAGGAGGCUGUGAACAAAUUCCAGGAGGAAAUGAACUCCUACACGCUGAUCUCGGCGCCUGCUGUCCUGGGCAGCACAACCCCUGUGGCAGUCCCGACUGCCCAACCAGCCACGCUCCAGCCUCCCAUGGUGCUUCUGGACUUCCCACCACUUGCCUGCUUCCUCAACAACAUCCUGGUGGCCUUCAACGACCUGCGUCUCUGCUGCCCAGUGGCUCUUGCUCAAGACGUGGCAGCUGCCCUGGAGGAUGCACUAGGCCAGGCAACAAAGGUCAUCCUGGCUUUCCACCGGGCGGAGGAGGUGGCUUUCAGUAGCCGAGAACAGGAAUUGUUUGUUCAGUUCUACAUGACGUUUUUGGAAGAUUUGGUGCCCUAUCUCAACCGGUGCCUCCAGCUGCUCUUUCCACCAGCCCAAAUUGCACAGACUCUGGGUGUUCCCCCUACUCAGUUGCAGAAAUAUGGGAACUUUGGCUGUGUGGAUGAGCACAUCAUCCAGAAGCUCCUGGCCCCGAUCCUGCCUGACAAAGAGACAGUCUUUCCCCUGGAUAAGGAGGAAGGGAUGGCUCAGGAGAGCCCAACAGCAUCUCCAUUGGACUUGGAACUCCCUGCGUCGAGCCCUCGCCUGAAUGAAGCCGGAGAGGAGACUGCCUGGCAGGCCAGCGGCUGGGCGGCCCGCAUCAUCCAGCAUGAGAUGGACCACCUCCAGGGGAUCCUUUACGUCGACAGGAUGGACAGCAGAACUUUUACAAACGUGCACUGGGCUGAGCUGAACGACUGA